GCUUUCGGGUAGAGGGCGGGAGAAGGGACAAACCUCCCCAGGCGCUCCAAAGCGCCUCCCUCGUUACCAGGGGCAACGGGGCCUUCCUUUCGCCACCUCGUCGGCUGGGAAUAACCGACACCUUGUCUUUGAACCCUCACCCACCCCCCACCCCCGCGCCCGAUUAACCCGGACUUAGAGAUGAGCUUCGGCCUUCUCCUCUCUUUCCCCCUAAUACAUGAUGCAGGCGAAAUGUGCGCGUGGGUGGGCAGCCCUUGCAGAAUGUUGGAAAUUGACGUUUGUGCUUCUGCAUUUAUUUUGGAUGCAUGGAUCGGUGCGGGGGAGGGGAAUUGAAUACCGCGAAGCCUGAACAAGGAAGAGGGGGAGGAAUCUUUUCACAGCCUCUUAAACGCCACACCUGAAAACCCCUAGUGAGUUACAUGAGUAGCUACUACCGGUACCUGGGAUGUCUGUAAACAAAACCUCCAUGUGCUGUAGCAGUCUAUGCCAGCGCUAGAUGCUGUGGGUAAAUAACGGUGUGGGGGGGAGGACCAGGGUUCUGCUUUUGUGGGCUUCCUGGAGAAGCUUUCUUGGCAGCUUUUGGAUACUGGGACCGUUGGAUCAGACUAGCAGUGGAGGGAACUUGUACACCUCCAGAUGUUCUUGGGCUCUGAACUCUCAUCAUCCCUGAGGAUUAUCGGUCAUGUUGCUGCAGCUGGUGGGAGUUGGACCUCAGAUUUCCCCACUUUGGGGGUUAAGUAGAUAUGUCAAGAUAGAUCUUGUACCCUUGCUGCUGGUGUCUUAGACAACAGCACAAUGGGGCUUCCCUAUACAGUACUGAGACAGUGUACCUCUGAAUACUAGGGGCAAGUCCAGAGGAAACAGCCAGGCAUCUAACCUAACAGUGUGUGAGAGAGAAUGUUGAAGCAGGUGGACUUUGUUCAGAUCCUGCAAGGCAAUUAACCUAUUUCUGUGUUCCAAAUACUUUGUACUUGCAUUAGGUACACUUCCUUAGUGUCCAGAGCACGCCACACAUGUUAUUUCAAUCAUCCUUUUAGUCAUAAAACGUGAGCCAGUGAUUUUAUCUCUGCAUUCCCAAUUGUGAGGUUUGAAGGGUGGGUUGUUCAAAGGCCGCCUUCUAAGUUUAUACGAUUUAAACUUUGGACUUCCCAGCUUUGCUAAGCAGCACAUCAUGCCAACUUUUCUACCUUAUUUUUGAGCUUGAGCUUAGCUUUGCUACAGUGAACUACACUAUAAAGAAAAAUUGGCCCGUUGUUGCCAUGGGGACCAGAAGCAUGCAUUCCAUUAACUCUCUGGAAACUGAAAUAAGUUCUGUAAACAAAGGAAUGCUAUAUGUGAAUCCCUGGGCUACUUGGAUCUCGCAGACCUAAUCCUCUUAUUGUGCCAUUGCACUGACAGGAAAGUGGUUGAGUUUUGUUCUGACACUCAACGUGAUGCUGUCAAGACAGAGCAGAACAGAGCGUAGUUGUUUGCAUCCAUGUGUCUCGAGAGACAAUGGAAUGUGUCUCCAGGGGUGAAGUCAAACCACUGGAGAGUCACAGCGCUUGCUGUGGCUGCAGAGACUUGUAACUCUUAACAGCUGCCUCCUGCAUUGUUUUUGCUGUGUUAGCGGCACUGAAGUGAUCUCUCCGGGGUGCCAACCUGGGCAGUGUGUAUGGGGUUUUUGGAUUACCCAGACAACAAGAACCCACUCUUGGCCUUGCUGAGGGAAACAUAGCAAUACAUUUGGCACCAGCUUGAGCUGCAGGAGUUGCUGGAAAGAGGCAUACUGUACAAGACAACUGUCUUAGGGACCCCACUCCGGAUUUGUGUAGGGUUUACUCCUUAGCCUUUUCUUCUCCCAAGGAUGUCCCACAAGGCAGUGGAUACAGAUUUUUCCAUGGUGUGUACUCCAAAAGCAACGGGUGGGAGAGUCAUUUGAAUGUGUAAGAGACCUUUGUAGCAGGUGCCCCCAGGGACAUGACUCACACAAAUUUAUUCUCCAAAGCAUGUUGUUUGUGUGCAUCUCACUUUCUGUGUCAUGGGGAAACAAAGUACUACCGUAUGUUAUUGCUGUACAUUGAACAGUCAGUCAUUCAGCGGCAACAUCUCCAGUUGUAGAUAUUUUAUUUAGGGACAGUUCCUCAUCCAAGCUGCCGCAAUUGGCUUUUUCUCUUAACACUAUUUAGAGGACUUUCUGUCUGCCAGUUUUCACUCUAGAGAAUGGAUCAUCUAAUACUUUGUGUAAUAAUUUUGCUGAUUAUCUUCUAUUGGCAUGAAACAUUUGCAUCCACAAUCUGUCAGAGCCCAAACCAUGUCUAUUGGUUACUGCCAAUCCCCAAAAAGUAAGAAUUGCUUUUUUGGGUUAAGAACAAAUGUUUAUGUAGCUUAGCACUCUGUUCUCAAAUGUGCCCCAGUGAGUGCUCAGAGAGGGUGUAAUGGUGACUAAGCUUUUAUUGGUUGGUCUCUGUCAACUGGUAAGGACAAGCAUGCUUUUUCUGAACAUGGAGCUUCCAUUUCUGCCUGUUGUGGCUAAUAUUUUUUGGCAUGCGUGUUCUUUGAGUUUAAUGCUUUUCAUUUGUUUAGUAGCAAUUACUACAUUUCAUGGCAUCCAACUGUGUAAUUGAGUUUUGUGUGGAAACAUUAUUUGCUUGGACGUUCAGAGAUCUCAUCCAGUUACAGCAGGAGUGGGGAACAUUUGGACCUCCAGAUGUUGCUGAACUACAGCUCCUAUCAGCCCUGGCCAUUGGCCAUACAUGCUAGGGCUGAUGACACUUGUAGCUCAGCAACAUCUGGAGGGCUAGAGUAUCCCUACCUGAGUUACAGGAUACAGUCAUUAGUCAGUACAACACCAGACCUGCCAGACGGGCCUCAUUUGAAACAUAGUCCAUGGAGGAACAAAAAUUGUGUGUUCACCUGUGCUGUUUUUUUGUGGCUGGAACUUUCUGAUUUUGUCUUUUAGGUAGAAAUAUGAAGAUACGUCUUUGGAAAGAAGUUUCAGAGUACUAUCUACACGCCACGGAUCUGGAUUCAUUUGGGCCUGAAUGCUAGCAGAUCUGCAUUUGUAUUCAGCAGAAGACUGCAGCAUAUGUGUUCAGUGGUUUUUGCAUUAUGUCAGUUCCCAGUGUGGGAAAUUCUCUGACGUGGGGUAACAUAGCCCAAACUGACCUUUCCGGCCAAGGUCACAAUGAAACUGAUUCCAUAAAAGUUGCUCUGUUCAGAAAGCUCUUUCUUUCUUUCCUUCACGUUUGGCUUGAAGCAGAGUUGUGCUGCAUAAAUUUCAAGGGCCACAUGCUAACCUGCAGUGGUGUGGCUAUGAGAUGAUUAUUCUUUUCCUCUUAUGAAAGCAGAGGUUGUUGCGUUGUUUUUCUUAAAUCACAGGAAUCUAGCAUAUCUAUUAAUUUCUGCAUUUGGCAUCCAUCUGUGUGUGCGUGUUUUUCAGUGGUGAUGCCCUCAUGUAUAUACUAGUCCAGACUUUGGCCUAGAGUCUGUUGGAAACCAUGCCAUGAUAGCAACUACAACGUAAGUCUAGCCAUGACGGAACCCCACAGGGUCCAGCUCACCUCUCUGUCUGGUCCACUGAGCACCACUUUACUGAAAAAGCCUCGCCGGGAGGACAUCACAGGAACAGAGCACCCCCCGGAAUCUGAACCUGCGGCUGCAGCAGUUCGCAUUGCCCUCACCCUUUUUGAGCCAGAUCACAAGCGCUGUCCAGAGUUCUUUUAUCCAGAGCUGCUGAAGAAUACACGAGGGAAAGGGAAAAGCAGUUCCACAGGAGAAAAAAAAAAAGACAUUGCAGAUCCCUUCAAUGAUGAGGAAAAGGAGAGGCAUAAAGCAGAGGCGCUUGCCAGGAAGCUUGAAGAGAAAUAUGGUGGAAAGAAGCGCAGGAGAGAUCGUGUCCAGGACCUGAUAGAUAUGGGAUAUGGAUACGAUGAAUCCGAUUCUUUCAUUGAUAAUUCUGAAGCAUAUGAUGAGCUCGUUCCAGCAUCUCUAACAACCAAGUAUGGAGGCUUUUACAUCAACUCUGGAACUCUACAGUUCCGGCAGGCUUCAGAGUCGGAGGAUGACUUUAUCAAAGAGAAAAAGAAGAAAUCACCUAAGAAACGAAAAUUAAAAGAAGGAGGUGAGAAGAUGAAGAAAAAGAAGAAAGAUGAUUCUUAUGAGAAAGAAAAGAAAUCUAAAAAAUCUAAGUUUCCCAAAACUGGUUUCACCGCCCUGAAUGCAAGCAAGGAAAAGAAGAAGAAGAAAUACUCUGGAGCCCCGAGUUACAAGGAAAUGCUGAAGAAGUUUCAAAAGGAAAAGGAAGCUCAGAAGAAGCGGGACGACGAGCCAAAGCUUAUUGUCCCUUCUCUGGCUGAAACUCCAACACCACGGGAAGUGGAAAGCCUGCCCGAUCCACUCCUCUCUUUCUUUGGCCACAGCAGUGACAAUGAGCUCCUUCAAGCUGCCUCAGCCAUGGACUCUCUGACUGAUCUUGAUCUAGAACAGCUGUUCAAUGAAUCUCCAGAAGAAAGCCCUUUCCAUGACAUGGAAGAUGGGAGUGACCCCCUUGGGAUGGGUCUAGAGCAGGACAUCAAGCAGCCUCUCUCCCUCCCCGAAGGACUUCCAGGGUCACUGGAGAAGCGCAUUGAGGAACUGACACAGGCUGCCAGGGUGGCUGAAGGAGAAGCCAAACACAAGUUCUUCAACCAAGAAAUGAAUAGCAUAUUGUUGGAUAUAGAGCUGCAAACUCGGGAGUUGAACAGCCAGGUCCGCUCAGGGGUGUAUGCUCACCUGGCCUCCUUCCUGCCUUGCAACAAAGACACCCUGCUCAAACGUGCCCGCCGGCUUUACGCCUAUGAACAGGGAGGGCGGAUGAAGGACCCUCUUCAGAAACUCAAGGAAGCCAUUGGCAGGGCAAUGCCAGAGCAGAUGGCCAAAUACCAGGAAGAGUGCCAAGCGCACACCCAGGCCAAGUUUGCGAAGAUGUUAGAAGAGGAAAAGGACAAGGACCAGAGAGAACGGGUUUGUUCAGAUGACGAGGAAGAUGAUGAUAAAGGAGGAAAGCGGAUCAUGGGACCUCGGAAGAAGUUUCAGUGGAUUGAUGAAAUCAGGGAUUUGCUCUGUCAGGCGGUGAAAAUCAAGCUGGAUGGGUAUGACCGUGAAAAGAACAAGGCUCAGUCAAUGGAGGAUUAUGUGAAGACUUUCCUGGAUGCAGAAGUCAAGCCACUUUGGCCAAAGGGCUGGAUGCAGUCCAGGACCCUCUUUAAAGAAAGCAGGCGAGUGCAUGGUCACCUUACUUCAAUUCCAGCAAAGAAGAAAGUCAUGGCGCCUCCAAAGGUGAAAGGAAAGGAGACCUCCGGUAAGCCAGAUAAGAAGUCACCCCUUCCUGUGCCCUUGAUCCACUCGAGCAGCGGAGUUACGCUUUCUCCAGAGUCGCAGGGAGUUGCAGUUGGCCUCAGCCCUCAGACCAGAGAACUCUUGGCCAUGAGUUCAACCCCAACUCCCAGCAGCACAGCUGCUCCUCCCACUUUCAGCAUGGACGACUCUCUGGAUGAGGACUUGAUCCACAAUGCUGCCUCGUCUUUGGAAGCUGUCUCCAAGGAACUGGCUGUUCUUAACAGCCAGACAGGGGGAAGCCCUGACUUCACCCUCCCCACCACCCCAAAGGUGCCUUCGGAGAAACCCCCCAUUCAGACCACAUUGGAAGAGAAGAGGAGCUUCUCCAAGCCAAGCCCAUCACCUGCCCCAUCUCCAGCUGGCAGCUCUCUGCAGUCACCACUCAACUUCCUGGCUGAACAGGCCUUGGCGCUGAGCCAGUCUCCUCCGGACAAAAAGACUGAGAGCUCCAGCUACAGAGAACUCUCCUGCCAGGCUCCCCCUGCCAAGAUCCUGGAUGCCCACCAGUCUAAGCCGAAGCAUCACAGCCUGCCACGCACCGUUCAUGGGCCCCAGACCUCGACCCCAGUCCAAACACCCCAGGUGAAGGUGUUCCCCCUGGGCUCCCAGCAGCAGAAAAACUUUCCCCCAUCCCCUCCCUUUGUCAAGCUGCAGGGUCCCAAGAUCAUCUCCCCUUUGCCCCAGCGGCCUCCUCUCCAUCAGCAGGUCAAGACCCCCACCAAAUCGCCCGGCUUCCAUUCUUCUUCUUCCUCCUCCUCCUCUUCGACCAUCUCCCCAGGGUCUGGCAGCACCCACAAGACCCCCAAUUCCUCUUCUCUGACCCUGAGCUACACGGGGAAGCACCCCAGCACCCCAGGCUCCUUGGGGCAGUCGUUCAAGUCGCCUUUUGUGGCCUUGUCGCGUCACAUGGCGGCUUCUUCCAGUGGCUCCACGUCCAGCAUAUCCACAAACCAGAUCUCCUCCUCCUCCUCCUCCUCCUCCACGGGGAACCUGCUCCCAGGCACAUCUCUUCCUUCUCCUGGGCAGGCUCCCAGUCGCUUGUCACCAAGUUCCAUGGUGAAGAAGGCCCUGGUCUCCCAGAAGCUGACCUUGGUUGCUCCACCGGGGGGUCCGAAUGUCAGUUCAAGCGGAGGGACGCAAGGAGUGGCCAAGUUGCUGACCUCUUCCUUGAAGCCCGCUGUAGUUAGCAGCACUGCAUCCUCAACACCUGUGCCGAAAGGAGCCAGCGGAGCAGUCCUGCUUACCAGUUCGUCUUCCUUGAACGUCCUGUCUCCCGCUUACAAGCCCGGCAACCCGAAGCUGCCGGCACCAGCCCUGAGUUCCACCCCGCUAGGAAUUAUCUCGCCAAUCCAUUCUUUCCCUCUUCAUGUGAUUUCCUUCAGCUCUGAAUCGUCCCCCAAGUCAGGGGUGUCGAAGGACGCCAUUGUCACGGGACCGGCCCCGGGGACUUUCCAUCAUGGCCUUGGCCACAGUCUUUUGGCUGGCUUGCCUUCCAGCCUGCGCCAGGCAGCGCCCCUCCCACUCUCAGUGCUGCCUGCCCAUUUAGCACACAGCCUGACAGGUAACUCCUCUGCUGCUGUUGCUGCUGCUGCUGCUGCUGCUGUUGUUUGUCUUCUGCACUCGUGAGUCACCCUGCAGGUGCGCUCCUGCUUUGCAGCAAGGGAGCCGCCACCCUUGCCAUUGACUCCAGGUUCACAACUCCCAUGGUUUAGGAAGCCUCUGUAAAGCCCAGGAUGGAUUGUAGGCCCUAAUACUCUACUGCCAUCCAUUUCUUUUAUUGAAGCUGUGCUGGAACACAGGAAGCUUAAAUAACCUUCCCCUUAAAUAUUAGGAAGCUGUCUUAAACAGAAUCAGAUCAUUGGUCUGUCUAGCUCACUAUUAUCUGCACUGACUGGCCAUGUUUUCAGGCAGGGUUCUCCCCCCACCCCUGCCUGAAGAUGCCAGGAUUAAACCCGAGGUCUUCUGAAUACAAGGUAGAUGCUCUGCCACCAAACUACAUACAGCUGCUUUCUCAGAAAAGCCCCAGGCUACUAUUUUACUUUCCCCCCCCCCAGGCCUUUCUUUCUGUGAAACACACAUGUGGAUUAACUGUUGCCCACAUGGCACAAAUACAGGGCUGGGCUGGCUUUUAACAUGGGUGGCUACCCCAUGGCCUGUCUGCUCUAUGUGGCCCCCAAGAUAUUUUCAGUGGCCCAUGGAGAACCCGCAAUAUUGGACACUUUUCAAGGUGGGGGGCUUAGUUUCCGCAGGUCUUGCAAUUUUGCCUCAAUGAGAGUUUUAAAUGUUUUUCAAAGGAUUUCCUUUAAGUGUUCCUCAGACGUCCACCUUCUUUUUGAGCUGCAAAUGUCUGUGUUCACUGGACUUCUUGAGCCCUCGUCAAUCUUAAUGUCUUUAUUUCCGGUAACACUGACGCUCUAACUGCCAAAGGGGAGCUGGUCUUGACUGAUCAGUCCCAAGAAAUGUUGAAAGCCUUCCAGCAUUAAGUGGGACGAAGCAUCAAAGCUGCGCUUUAACCCAGCGGUAAAUUGAGUGGUGAGCACUAAAUGAGCUAGUGGGGAGCAGAAACGGAGAGGAAAGAAAGAGGGGGAGUUCUUCAUGAUGGGAAAAGGGAGUAAUUAAUGUGGAGGUCAAUAAAGUAACUUAGGGGGUGGGAGCAUAAUUUUUUUCAUUUGGCAAUGAUUUCUAAGGAAAUGAAUGGAGAGGAAGCAAGAAUUUUGGUGUAGGAAGUUCUUCAAGUAGGCUUUAAUAUUUUUAGUUGAAAGACAAGGAAUUACUUUUGCGGGUAGGGAGGGGAAGAAGGAAACAUUAAUUCCAAUAAUAACAGUUCCCUACAUGCUGGUUGUGGCCUCCACCUUAUGUAUCACUAAUAUAUUUCUUUCUUUCUUUUUUUAAAGAAAGAAAUAGAAACAAGGUUUCUCUUUUUCUGCCAUGCCCAUUUUGGCAUGUAUCCCUUGGAGGAUUGGCUGUGGCUCAGUGCAGCCCUCUGUUCAGAAAAGGUUCAGCAACCUGUUUUCUAAAGCCUUGAAACAAGACAUGGAUGCUCUAGGUGUUCAGAGGAACUAUAUGGCAGUUGGCAGCCUCUUGUUAAACUUUCAACAUAGAAGUCACUUGGGGAUGUGUUUGUUCCCAUUUAGGAGGUCAUUUCUGUAGGUUGCCCAAUCUCUCUGAAAGUGCAGAACAUGGUGCCAUGGCAACUUGGUUGUUUCCCCUGCCCCCCUCCCUGCUAAUUAAUUUAUUGCUUGUUUUUAUUGCAAAGUUGUUGCUAAUAACUUGUGCUGCUGCUGCUACUUCUGUUUGUUGCGGAGGGGGUUUGUGCUGCUGUGUUGUGUAUUCUAAACGUAAUUUUAAAUUGUGAUGCUUUAAUUGCUUUGGACCUUGUGGAGAACAUAGAAGGCUGUCUUCGUUCACAGUCAGACCGUUGGUCUACACUGGCGGGCAGAGGCUCUUCCAAGGUUUCAGGAGAGGUUGCUGAUUGAGGCUGGAACUUUUUGCAUGCAAAGCAGAUGCCCUACUGAUGAGCUCCAACCCUUCAUUCACUGCCUUGGGUAUCUUACAUACUCAGAGUGUAAAAAUAGCAUUUACAUUGUUUAGGAAUACAUCACUGCAGAGUAACAAUACUUCAGAUAACAGCAUAGAGUGCAGUUAUUGUUAGCUUUUAUUCAAAAGCUCAAAACACUGAAUUUCAGCAAAUCCUUUGUAGGCCUUGAGGAACUUCCUCAGCUUGACCGGAGGGGGGGGGGUUGUUGCUACUUUGUUGUUCUUUUUUACUCAGAGUAAAAAUAUUACUCCCUUGGAAGACCCACAUUCAGGAAACCUUUCCCAAAGGAAAUCCACCUCAUUGCUUUCCAGUGGCCAGGGGAGUAGCACGUAUUGGUGCAGGAGCUUUUGAGGUCCCCUGGAUGCAGUUGAAUGGGUUGAUAGCUGGAGCUUUGUAAGCUGACCUUGAGGAAACAUGCUUUGGAAUAUGUUCCAGAGCAGGGGUAGAGGGACUGUGGCCCCCUAGAUGUUCCAGGCCCCCUGACUAUGAGCCUUGCUGGCUGGGGUUAAUGAAAGUUUGAGUCCAGCAACGUCCACCCCUCCUCCAGAGGAUGGAUUUUGCUGUCAUGCUUGAGGUCUACAGGCUGAACUUUGCAAGUGUGCAUCACACACAGAGUGCUGUGCCAAAUAGCAACCUGCAAAGGAGCUGCCACAGGAAGAACUCUCUCCUUUUGCCUCAGCUGCUGUGCUUUUGUCUUAGUCUACAUCUGUAGUGCAACAUGGUCGUAGAAUGGACUGUUAGUGCUUGGCACAUUUAAAUUUUCUUUUUUAAAAGCAUUCAUUGAAGAGGGGUUGUAGCCUCCCUGUUGUAUGAAAGGAUUUGCUUUUACUUAGCACAGUAUGCCAUUCCUUCACCUGUACAAGGAGUACAGUGCAUUGUAUACCAUCCUGGAACUCUACAGAUUUUGUCACCACAUUUUGCUGCAUGUUUAAGACAAAUCAUCCACAAGUCAUCAGUACUUGAUUACACCAGUGAUACACUAUUGUGAACUAGGCUUACCCACCAACCAUACGUGAUAUCAAGAAGUGUCUUGGGUGUGUUUUUGCCUGCCCACAAGACCCAGGAUGAGAGAGAACUUAGCUUGGGGAACCUAAACUUUGGGAACAUGGGAACCAAUUUUUUUCCUCCUUCACUCCUAUCCUUCUUCCUCUUUUUUGGUCCCUGCCAAAUGCUUGAGGAGGCCUUACUGUCCCAUGAUGCAGUACAAAGGACACCAAGGCCCAAGCUGUAAUCAUUUGAGGAUCCAGUUCUGUUUGCAGAACUUCAGUUUUUCAGUCACAGGUUUGUUUGUUUUUUACUGCAGUGAUCAUCCCUAACUGUCUGUCAAUGUCUCUAUUAAUUAAACUCUUUAGUAGCUUAUGGCUAGUAAUGCUUGCUAAUCAUUUGGUAAACUAAAUGUUUGGAGCUUCCACUGCUGGGGCGGGGACAGUAAUAGUUCUUCUUUUGCAUC